CUAGUUUACCAGCUUUAUAACAUAGCUCAUCUCUCGUAUACUUGUCAUUUGUUAAAACCAUUGUUUGCCAGACGUUAGUGCAGUCAGACAAAGACUUAAUUGACUUUUGAAUGACUUUUGUUUUGGAAUUUUGAAAAAAAAAGCAGAUUCAAAAUGUUUCGGCUGCUGUCAUUCCUUACAUAUGUGACCUAUAUAGCAGCUCAACAAGGAAAUCCCGGAUGUCUUCUGAAAGCAGUAGAUGGCAAUCCCCGAAUGUUCCAAGUAAAUGCCCCAUUCCAGGGUAAUCGGCAGUUUCCAUGCCCUGAAAAUACUUUAUUUGAUACCAACCAGUGCGGAUGCGGAUGGGUUGACAACCCAAUUAACCGAUCACCAACGGAACUUGCUGGAAUGGGUACCAUAGAUGGAGGUCGUUUUGGACCAAUAGACCCAGGAAAUAUAGUUGUGACAACACCAGCUUCAACGACAAGACCUCCCUGUACACUUCGUGCGUUACCAGACAAACACAUGUACGAGGAAUUUAUCCUGGGAUAUGAUUGGAUAAUUCGUCGUUGCCCAAUGGGAACGUUGUAUAACGCCGGGUCUUGUGCCUGCCAUGACAUUGAUCCAUAUCAAGUCUACACUUGCCAGCCUGAAUUGUGGAUCAACUUUAACGGAAGAGAGAUUGAGGAUUCUGCCGGGUACCAGAUUUCAAUUGGUAACAAUGGUAACGUUGUAAACGUCAGUAACGCGGGUCGUUUUGACGGUACUGGUACCCUAACAGUUUGGCAAUAUGCCAACCAAGAUCUUGGCACCCAGAUGACAAUAAAUCUGCGAUUUUAUGAGUUUCCAGGUGGAGUUUCCGACGAGCAGGUUUUGAUAUCAAACUGUUACGGAAGACAGCUUGGCUCUGUAGAAAUAGCUCUUAAUCAACAAACGAAAGAGGUCAUAUUCCGAGCAGAAGCAAGAAUAGGCAAAUUUCCGGAAGGGGUUGAGCUUCGUCUUCCAUUCAGAGUAAGUGACACACCUCACACAUUGCCUUGCUAAAAAGAACCAAAUUUU